UGUUGAACAUGGACAAGAAUAAGUUCUGUUCGUCAGUUGAGGGACAUGAGCAACAGAGUGGAGAUGUCGUGGACCAGAGCAUGGUACAACGCAAGCUGUUGUUCAAGACUGACGCCGUUGUUCUCCCAUUGAUUGUAUUGACGUCGACAUUAGCAUUCCUCGACAAAUUGGCUNNGGGCUCAAUCUUCUACCUCGGAUAUCUGGCCAUGGAGUUUCCAACUAUCUGGCUGCUUACCAAGGUACCGCUUGGUAGUUACAUCGGCGGUACACUGUUCGCAUGGGGAGGCUGUGUUUGCUGCAUGGCUGCGUGCAACAACUUUGCAGGUCUUGCCACUGUAAGAUUCCUGCUCGGCGUCUUCGAGGCGGGUAUCCUGCCAGCUCUGUUGCUCGUUAAUUCCCUAUGGUAUACCAAAAGAGAGCAACCUCUGAGGACAGCACUGUGGUACAACACAUUUGCAGGAGUAAGUGGAGACGAACUUGCAUUCACUGGUCCUCUCACUGACAAGGGGAAGAUUUUUGGAGGAAUCCUCUGUUUCGCGAUCGGCAAGAUCAAUGGGUCCUUGUCGACCUGGAAGGUACGGAAGCCAUAUUCAAACGCUUUCGAAAANUAUAUCUUCUUGAUAUAUGGAUCUGUGACUAUGGCUGUCGGAGUCCUGGUGUUCUUCGCUUUGCCGAGCGACCCUGGACACGCGUGGUUCUUUACUAAGGAAGAAAAGCAUUUGGCCCGUAUUCGGGUAUCGGAAAAUCGAGCGGCAACUCGUGAGAAGCGAUGGAAGUCCUCGCAGAUCAGAGAAGCAGUUACUGAUCCAAAGUACUGGUGUGUAGCAAUAUUUGUCAUUGCACAGUCCAUCACAAACGCCGGUAUAACAAACAGCAAAACCACUCUUAUGGCAACACCACAAGCCGCUGUCGCAUUCGUGGCUCAAGUAAUCUGCACGACACUUGCAUACUUCGUGCCGAAUAUUCGCUGCCUCUUGUGGACGCUGUCCUCUUUACCAGCACUGGCGGGUGCCAUCAUGAUUCACAGUACGGAAGCAUUCAGCGUCCAAAGAAUCAGGCUGACGAGAAUCNNAGUGCUCAAUACUGGCUCCGAGAGAGAUGCUUCGCUCGCCGGGGUAUACCUCAUGGGGUUCUACAACGUCCCAUGGGUCCUCAUGCUCAGUCUUCAGUCUUCUAAUACUGCAGGCGCCACCAAGAAGAGUUUCAUCUCGGUCUCCGUUGCUGUCUUCUACGCCGUGGGCAAUAUCAUCGGUCCCCAGUUCUUCAGAUCCUCACAAGCCCCCACAUACGGUUUGGGUAUAGGUGCGAUGCUUUGCUGCUUUGCGGUGAUGGCAGUGACCGGCAUCGUAUACGGGUCAGUUCAAGAACCAGUUCUUUCCUGCUUCCGCCCUGGUAUUGACAAGCUUACAGAGCUCUAUGUG